UGUUGUGAUAAACUUAUUAAAUAGAAAAAAUGCAAUGAUUAUGCUAUGCUAUGGCGAUUUCUGGACUACAAUAACUGAAAUAUAUGAAGAUGAAGAAGAUUUUGAGAGAAUACAAGAGUGACAAAAUCCAAUCUCAAUUGGACAAGCGCGACCGAGAGCAGAACUUGUGGCCUCACCACCCUGACAAGCUGCUAAUUAGUAGUGUCGAAUACUUCGUAAAGUACUAUGGCUGGACGGGAGUGAGUGAGAGUCAGGGAGACAGAGUGAUCAAGGGUGCCAUCCAGCAGCUGACUCACCUCAGCAACCAGGGAACCCCCCAGACAGGGACCACCAAACCACCCAGAGUGUACCUCAACAUAUCAGCUGAUAAAGUCACAGUCAGAGAGUCCAAGAUACGGGUGGAGGUUGACAAGUUCAACAUAAGUGACAUAGCGUACGUGGCAGACGACAGGGCAGUGAAGAGAGUGGUGGCCCUGAUUGUGGCCAACAGAGACAGAGACAGCAAACAACAACAACACAAGGAGGAGUCUAGAACACAGCAUGGCAAAUUCGCAGCCAGUGUAGGAGGCGAUAAUAGUAUUAAUGGGAAGAGUAGCAAUGAAUCUGCUGCAGAUGCACCCUUCAAGUGCCACCUGUUCGAGAGUGAGAAGUGGGCGGAUGAAAUAGUACGCACGGUGGGACAGGCAUUCGACCUCGGCUACAGGAAGUUUCUCUCUUCUGACAAGCGGGAGAUGCAAAUUAAGCAUCAGCUGAAGGCAAUGGCCAACAACAUCACUCAUCUUCAGUCACUUAAUGCACAGUACUGCGACAGAAUCAACCAGCUCGAGUCCAUUCUCAAGACCAACAAGAUAGUCUUUCCAAAGAGCCAACUGAACACUAAGGGUGCUAAAAGCACGAAUGCGGCAACGAGUCAAAUGAGCACGUCAGGUUCCGUGGAUUUAAUGGGCAAUGCGGAAGAAAAAUCAACACACCAAAAUGGCAAAAUAACUACGAGCGAAGCUUCCAACAUUCCAUCUGCCGAAAAAAAGGAAGAAUUGGCUGAGACGUUGAAGCCACCUCCUUUACCGAACAGACCACGUGAUAGCAAUAAUCGCAGCAAAACUGGAGCCUCAACUUCUGCGAGACCGAGUGAUGCACUACUGGACCUGGGAGACAUUCCAGCCACGCAGCCGAAUAUGUACUUGGAUGUAAGUCCAUAUAAGGGAAUACAGGCUGAGGCUAAUGAUGAGUUAGCACAGCUGGCCAUGAACAGAUUGGGUGGAGUGGAUAUGCAGCCCUCUCAACCUACUUCGCCUGUGGAGCCAGGGCCGGCUUCACCUUUGGACUAUUUAAACCAGAGCGAAACUACGUACGAUACUAAUGAGUACUCUGCAGUUGGUAAUGGGACCGGUAAUACAGCUUAUGUGAACCCAUUCCAAACCCACUCCUCAUCUCAAUACCCUGAUCUUUCGCCCGGAGCAAAUUCUCCCAACAUGCCGGACUUGGGAUCUGGCCUCUACUUCAAUUCUCUCUCGCAGCCGGCGGAGCUGGAGAGCGAGUUGAACAGUGCAGCCAGGACUCUCCUGGAUCUGGGGAUAGACGGGAGCCUCUUCACUUCUCCCCCUCCCCCUCCGCCUCCUGCUGCAGACCACCCAGCGGACAGUGUGUAUUCUGCACCUUAUGCGUGAACAACAGAGACGUAAUAGUGGCGUGCAUAGGUGCAAUGAAUGAAAUGAUGUGCUGUUUGUUAACAAUGCUGCUGAACAAUUAAAGAAUUCUAUCUUCAAACUUUGAGAAAUUUGGACUUUAUGCUAUUCAAAACGGAGUUACCUUAACGGUGCAUUAAAAUGCGAAUUAAUAUUAGAUAGCAUGCGAAUAAAUGAUACGCAUUCAAAUUUCAAUUCGUACUGUAGAAUUUUUGUAAUUUGUUUUCUUUAGUGCUGGAAGAUUGUUUUUGCGAAACAACAUAUUCUAUUUAAACAGGCCAAGUUAGUGCCACUUAAAGUUCAUAUCAUUCGUAAAAUAAAAUUCAAGUUCAAUCUGUCUUACUAUCUUUGUGCUUCCAUUUUCAUAUCACACUCAUAAUGCUAGUUUAAUGAAUACUCUGUAAAUAUGUAUUUAUUCGGAAAACGAAAUUGUGCCCAGAACAAGAAAUAUUGUUGUAAAUAUGUGAAGAUGGAGUUGAAUCAUGUUAACAAUCAUCAUUCAAUGGAUGUUUUGGAUGAUUCUGAACACUAGUAAAUUAUUUCUGAAUAGUUUUGGUAAAGUAAAUCUCAAUGUUAAUAUUUAGUGCAACUUGAAAUGAAUUCAUUUUUGUCUGUAA